AUGGCCCGCAAGAAAGCUCUUCUUAUUGGCAUCAACUACUUCGGAUCCGAGCAUGAAUUAAAUGGCUGUAUUAAUGACGCGGAAAACAUCAGGAACUUCCUCGUCGAGGAGAGGGGCUUCUCACCCAGCGCUCACGACAUGGUCAUGUUGUCGGAUAUUCCUGAAAAUGAUGGUACCCCCUUUUUUCCAACAGGCGCCAAUAUCCUGGCAGCAAUCAAUUGGCUGGUUACCAGAAACCAACCUGGUGAUAUCCUUUGGUUGAGCUACUCUGGUCAUGGAGCCCAAGUUAGAAGUGAUGCUAGGGAUCGACCUUCAGGCUUCGAUGAUACAAUAUGUCCGGUCGACUUUGCAGAAAACGGACAAAUUUCAAGCGAAAUAUUGCAUCGAUCGAUCGUAUCUCCAAUGAAUCCCCAGUGCCGUCUUACCAUACUCUUUGAUUGCUGUCAUUCCGGCUCGGCCUGCGAAUUGCCUUAUGUCUAUCGACCUGACGAAGAUGGCAAUGUUAAUAUGGUUGACACGAUCAAGAAAGGAAUCGGGCUGAUUCGCGCGGCCGAGGGGCUUUUCGAAAGCGGCUUUUCUAUGUCUAAAGUAGAGGACGCUAAGAUGCUACUCGGAGGUGCGACUGACUUCUUUAAUGGACUGCAUCAUCGUCGGAACGAGGAUGUCGAUGAGGAUGGACUCGCCGUUGAGAAUUUCGAGGAACAUUGGGAGACAGAAGGUAAAGAUGUCUGGAUGUUCUCCGGAUGCGCUGACGAUCAGACCUCUGCGGAUACAUCCAUCGCCGGGGCACCGACCGGCGCCAUGUCUUGGGCACUUCUUAGGACUCUGAGAGAGAACCCUGAACAGUCAUAUAUAAACGUCCUCCAGAAUACCAGAGAGGAACUAGCGAGGAACUACUCUCAGGUCCCGCAACUCAGCUGUGGCGGCAGAUAUGACUUAGACCAAGUACUCGUCAUGGUAUCUUCGAAGACACUCCUUCCGUUACUCCUUUCGCUCGCGCCCCAUGCCAGCAAAGCGGUAACCGUCCGCCGCAAUAAUAAUACGGAGAUCAAAUGGGGACCAUGCAAACUAAAUACCACACUCCCAGUGCAAUGCGCCCAACUGCCCGUUCCGCUCGACUACACCGACAAGAAUCGUAGCGAUAUUCUCAAUCUCGAUCUGAUCAAGUACCCGGCUCAGAAGCAGCCGAAGCGCGGUAGCAUUCUCCUCAACUUCGGCGGUCCGGGCCAAGACGGUCUAGAAAGCAUGCUUGCUUAUGCAGAGCUGAUGGGCCCGACUACUGGGGGUUACCACGAUCUCAUAAGUUGGGACCCUAGAGGAACGGGUAAAACUCUCCGGUUCUCAUGCUGGCCCGACGAUACCACGGGUUAUUACGCCGCUAUGGGAAAUAGCCUGGCUGGUAGUGCGGACACGGCAGUAGGUAAACUCUGGGCCGAAGGCAACAUUAUUGCGACCCAAUGCCACGACCAGCAGAAGGAGACCGGUCAAUUUGUCGGCAUGGCAUUCGUUGCAAGGGACAUGAUGUCAAUCGUCGACGCCCUGAACGAAGAUGGCAUGCUUCGAUACUGGGGAAUUUCCGGUGGUACUACUCUAGGAGCUACCGUUGUCGCGAUGUUCCCUGAUAGAGUAGAGAGUGUUGUUCUCGAUGGUGUGAUGAAUGCGCAUGAGUACUAUAACUCUUUCGGCGAACCUGAGAUGGUAGCAUCAACAGACGCUACCUGGGAGGAAUUCAUGCGCGGGUGUAUCGCAAUGCCCGAAAACUGCGCCUUGGCAAAAAACAGGACCUAUGAUGAGUUAGAAGCAGCCAUGGCUGAGCUCUUCGACACCGUCCGGGACAACCCACCCGUCUUCAACGGGACGGUCGUGUUCGCUUACGAUUUAUUCAAGGCCCACAUCUUCAGCACGCUAUAUUCACCAUCGAGCUGGCCCAGCCUGGCCCAGGCGCUCGAGGAUGUGCUAGAGGGCAACCUGGAGACGUUCGUGAACCGGGUCUUGGCAUUCUCGAUCCCAUCUCAAGACCAAGCAAUCCUAGGAAUCCGCUGCGGUGAUAAGAAGCUGCGGACGAAUAAGCUAUCUGAUCUUAACCCUGUAUUUGAGCAGUAUCACAAGACCAGCAAGUGGUUCUGGGAUUGGGCUUGGGGAUACUAUGUAAUGCCCUGUGCGCAAUGGGGAUUUGAGGCCAAAGAGCGGUAUGAGGGUGAUUUCCAGGUUAAGACUAAGAACCCAGUGCUAUUCAUCGGCAACAGCUUCGACCCCGUUACUCCUCUGGCCUCGGCUAAGAACAUGAGCUCGGGCUUCGAGGGAAGCGUUCUUCUUACGCAUAACGGCCACGGCCACUUAUCUCUCACACAGCCAUCAAACUGCACAAACUCCAUUAUUCAAAACUACUUCCUUGAAGGCAAGCUACCCGCGGCUGGAACCGUGUGCGAACCCAACUUCCCGCUGUUUGAUCCCGCCGCCUCAAUGUAA